CUUAACCAUUCAGACUCUGUAUAAUACUUAACCAUUCAGAGGCAAAUCUCUUAACCAUUCAGACAUCUGAACCAUUAAGAGGCUGAAACAAACAGUCUGAACCAUUAAGUGCUGAACCAUUCAGACAUCUGAACCANAUGGGUAAGUGCUGAACCAGUAAGAGGUCAAAACCAUUAAGUGCUGAACCAGUAAGAGGUCUGAACCAUUAAGAGCUAGUAUAUUGCUUAACUAUUCAGAAGCAAAUGUCUGAUCAAUUCAGAUAAGAGGUCUUAACCAUUCAGACUCUGUAUAAUACUUAACCAUUCAGAGGCAAAUCUCUUAACCAUUCAGACAUCUGAACCAUUAAGAGGCUGAAACAAACAGUCUGAACCAUUAAAGUUUAGAGGGAGGAGGCAAGUUGGGUGGAUAGUGAGUCUAAUUGGAUCAUCAACCUUCUUCCGCGGCCAUAUCUCAACUUCUCAACUAUGUCUAUCCAGCAGUGGAAGUGGAACUCCCAGUCUGUCAUCCUCCUUUUGCCUCUUAUUCAAGAAGCUCAAAGAUUGAGCAAAUGUGCAGUAAAAUUGGACUGAAAAAGGGAUCAUUAGCCGUCACUAAUAUUAUUAUUGUUCUUAGCCUCAACCAGAAAUAUAUUUCUUCCCCAAGCAGAAGGUUUCCGCUGCCAUUGUGAGAAUUUUUUUGUGCAUCAAGUGGGCACAUAGUGGUGGAUCAAGAAUGAGUGGGAGAUAUUCUGUGGCUAUGGAGGUGGUGUUUGCAGCAGUUUUGAUGUUUGAGGCCGGGAUGCUCUGUGGCGGAGAGACACUGAGCUUUUCUCUGGAGAGGGCGUUCCCGACAAGUCACGGAGUUGAGAUGAGCCGACUUAGAGCACGUGACCGUAUCAGACACGGCCGAACCUUGCAGUCCUCUUUAGGUGGUGUUGUCGAUUUCUCCAUCCAAGGAACUUAUGAUCCUUUCCUUGUCGGGCUUUAUUACACUCGUGUUCAAUUAGGUUCUCCUCCGAAAGAAUUCUACGUACAGAUUGAUACUGGAAGUGAUGUUUUGUGGGUUAGUUGUGCUUCUUGUAAUGGUUGUCCACGAGCUAGCGGGCUUCCGAUUCAACUCGAUUUCUUUGACCCGGCAAACUCUUCAACAGCUUCAUUGAUUUCGUGCUCCGACCGAAGAUGUGCGUUUGGAAAAGAGUACUCUGACUCCGCAUGUUCAGCUGAGAGUCAAUGUAGUUACACAUUCCGGUAUGGAGAUGGCAGUGGAACUUCAGGUUAUUAUGUAUCUGAUUUUAUCCAUUUAGACACAGUUAUGGGAACUACAACAAUUUCUAACUCAUCGGCUCAAGUUAUUUUUGGAUGCAGCACAUCUCUGGACGAGGAUUUGGCAAAGCCUGACCGUGCAGUUGAUGGAAUCUUUGGAUUUGGCCAGCAAGGCAUGUCCGUUAUCUCACAACUUUCAUCACACGGAAUAGUACCUAAUGUAUUCUCUCAUUGUCUGAGAGGAAGUAAUGAAGGUGGGGGUGUACUUGUACUAGGUCAGAUUGUGGAGCCGAAUAUCGUUUACACACAACUUGUCCGAUCACAACCACAUUACAAUUUAAAUCUUGAGAAGAUUCUUAUCAAUGGGCAACCUCUACCCAUUGACUCACAAAUAUUUGCGACAACCAACAAUCGAGGGACAAUUGUAGAUUCUGGAACAACUUUAGCGUACCUUGCAGAGGAAGCAUUUGAUGUCUUUAUUAAUACAAUCACCCAGAUUGUUUCAGGAUCUGCACGCCUUCUCCUUACCAAGGGGAACCACUGCUAUGUGUCCACAUCCAGUGUCUCAGACAUAUUUCCUACUAUUAGCUUGAAUUUUGCUGGAGGUGCAUCAAUGGUUUUAAAGCCUGAAGACUACCUUUUACAGCAAAAUUCUGUUGGUGGAAUUCCUGUUUGGUGCAUGGGAUUCGAAAAAAUUCAAGGCCAAGGGAUAACAAUUUUAGGAGACCUUGUGUUGAAAGACAAGAUUGUUGUUUAUGAUUUGGCUAACCAACGGAUUGGAUGGGCAAAUUACGACUGCUCGACAUCGGUAAAUGUUUCUAUAGCCAUACCAAGGGGUAAGGGUGAAUAUGUAAAUGCAGGACAGAUUGAUAACAACAGAUCAUCACACAAGGGCCCUUACAACCUGAAAUUGGUCUCAGUUUUGGCUUUUGUGUUGCAUAUAUUAACAGUGCUUGGCAUCUAUCUUGCUUUGUAAGUGUACAUUUCAGGUCAUAGUUUCCAGGUUGAUAAAUAUCUCUGCUUCUAUUAGCGGGUGUUUGGGGAGAUUAUGUCUUUUGCGGUCUAAAAUGGAUUCCAGAAGUGCUUUUAAGCAAAGUUAAGAAUAUUUGCUUUCCGCUUUUACUUGAAACUUUUGCCUUUUCAACAAUCUAUCACUCCCAAACACCCUCUUAGUUGCAUACUUUUGUAAUAUCUGUGGCUGCAUUUGAAGGCCAAACCAAACUUAAUAGUAUUCAAGCAAUGCUUCGUUCUUAAGUUAUGGAAGUGUUGCAUUGGCAAUGAUUCAUGUAAUUGAAAGUGCAUAAUUGGGAAUGUGA